UCCCUCCCUCUUCCUACCUGUCUCGUUCUUUCCGUUCGUCUCGGUUUCGUAUUUCCUCAAGGCAGCUGUGCUCGCCCAUACGAUCUUUCCAUCCGACUACCCAAAGACUUCCCUCUAGACUCUACAACCCGUCGUUCGAAAUGCGUUUCUCCGCGGCUAUCCUUACCUCAGUUCUCGCGGCUUCGUCGCUGGUGUCCGCUGUGCCUAUGCAACGUAGGGCCUCGAACACAAAGAUGAUGACCUCCAAGACGAAGACCAACGCUGCUGGCGCGGCCUACUUCAUCACGAACGAGGGGAAGGAGAACAUGAUCAUCGCCGCAAGCAUCAACGCGGACGGUACCCUGAACCUCGACAGGGCAGUGUCCACCGGUGGAAGCGGGGCGCACGGUCAGACGGACCCCAUUGGCCCCGAUGCUCUCUUCGCCCAGGGUGCCAUCAAGGCUUCCGCCAAGGGCCAGGUCCUCGCUACGGUGAAUCCUGGAUCGAACACCAUCUCCCUGUUCUCGAUCAACCCCAAGAUACCCACGGCCAUCAAGCAGAUCGGUAACCCGGUCUCGUCUGAGGGCGAGUUCCCGAUGUCGCUCGCGUUCAACGCAGACGGCACCCGCCUCUGCGCGCUCAACGGUGGCUUCGUCAACGGCGUCGUCUGCUACAACAACCUCGACAGGGCAGUGUCCACCGGUGGAAGCGGGGCGCACGGUCAGACGGACCCCAUUGGCCCCGAUGCUCUCUUCGCCCAGGGUGCCAUCAAGGCUUCCGCCAAGGGCCAGGUCCUCGCUACGGUGAAUCCUGGAUCGAACACCAUCUCCCUGUUCUCGAUCAACCCCAAGAUACCCACGGCCAUCAAGCAGAUCGGUAACCCGGUCUCGUCUGAGGGCGAGUUCCCGAUGUCGCUCGCGUUCAACGCAGACGGCACCCGCCUCUGCGCGCUCAACGGUGGCUUCGUCAACGGCGUCGUCUGCUACAACGUCGACAAGCAGGCCGGCCUCAAGCCGAUCGCGAACUCGCAGCGCUCGCUCAACCUCAACCAGACCACGCCCGCGACGGGCCCCGCGGGCUCGGCCUCGCACGUUAUCUUCAGCGAGGACGGCUCGCAGCUCCUCGCGUCCGUCAAGGGGGUCCCGCCCACGCCCGGCUUCAUCGCCGUGUGGGACGUUCAGGCCGACGGCUCGCUCUCGGCGGACUUCAAGAGCGUCGCACCGCCGUCCGGCGGCGCGCUGCCGUUCUCGAUGACCCUCAUCCCCGGGAAGAACGCGCUGCUCUCGACGGACCCGGCCCUCGGCUUCGACGUGUUCGACUUGAGCAGCGGGAACGCGUCAUCUGCGGUGCCGAUCAGCGGGCAGAGCGCGACGUGCUGGUCGAGCUUCAGCAAGAAGACGGGCAACUUCUACCUCACUGACAUCGGCACCUCGACCGUCACUGAGGUCAACGUCGACGACAACCUCAAGGCCACCAUCGUUGCGCAAUACAACCAGACCGCGGGCUCUGCGACGAUUGACAACGACAUUGCUACGAUCAACGGAAAUGACUUCCUUUACGUGCUUGCGCCCAACGCCACGCAGAUCGACGUCCUUUCCCUUCAGUCCGCUGGUAACGCCAAGCACAUCAGCACCCUGGACAUCUCCGGCCCCACCAAGGCCGCUGGUGUGACCAUCAACCCAUUCAACCUCCAGGGUUUCACCACCUUCAUCAAGCAGUGAAGGGCUGAUCGUUCCCUUGUCCAUCGUCCAUCGUUCGUUCCUUAGAGCUCGCCUAAUAUGUGGUCCCGGUUGUGUCUUUUUGUCUGGUCCUGGUGCUGGUUCUUGAUGAUCCACUGCGCCUGUAGUCUAUAGAGUUACGCUCUUCUUGGUCUCUCGGAUGUAUCCCUAGUCACAUUCAUACUUAUACAAGUGGGGAAGUCACUUGAACCG